AAACACACGUUGGCGUGACGUCUCUAGAGAGAGAGCGCGAGCGUAUCGGAGCCUGCAGGUGGUCUCGAGGAGAAUGGAGGGAGGGAGGAGAGGAGAGGAGCUGAGGAGCACUGAAUGAACUACCGUUACCGCCGCAGACAGCGAGACGCUUCUUUAUUCCUCUCUUCCUUUGUCCACCGCCAGCAGCGCGCCAUGGCGCCCCGCCGGUACAGCCCGAGCAGCCCCGCCGCCGUGCAGAGCGACACCGCCGUUGGAGCAGCACCGCCGGCUCGCCACUACGGAGAACCACACAAGUUUGAUCCUUCCUUCAGAGGUCCAGUCCGCAGAAGAAGCUGCACUGAUAUCUUAUGUUGUUUGAUCUUCAUCAUUGUCAUCUUCUCAUAUAUGGCCCUGGGGAUAGUGGCCUGGUUACAUGGGGACCCCAGGAAGGUGCUCCAUCCGACAGACAGCUAUGGCCAGUUCUGUGGUCAGAAAGGGACUUCCAAUGAGAAGAAACCCAUCUUAUUCUAUUUCAACAUCUUGAAAUGUGCCAACCCGGCUAUACUCAUCAACCUUCAGUGCCCCACAACUCAGAUGUGUUUGUCAAAGUGCCCAGACAGGUUUGCCACCUACACUGAGAUGCAGCUGCAACACAAACUCAGCAAGAGUUACUGGGACUAUUACAGACAGUUCUGUAAGCCUGGCUUUAAUAACCCUGACAAGCCAGUGUCUCAGGUUCUGCGAGACGAGGACUGUCCCUCCAUGAUUGUACCUAGUAGACCAUUUCUCCAGAGAUGUCUCCCAGACUUCAUCACUCUGAAUGGGACUGUGACUGUAGCUAACAGAACCAGCUUUAAAGAUGCUCUGCAAAUGGCCCACAGUGUGACUGAACUUCAACAUGCUGCCAAGGGUAUAACAGGACUGGUGGACACCAGGGAGCUAGGCAUGAAGAUAGUGGAGGAUUAUGCCAAGUCAUGGCCAUGGAUACUCAUAGGUCUUCUUGUCUCCCUGGCUGUUAGUCUGCUCUUCAUCCUGCUGCUGAGGUUCACAGCUGGCACUCUGCUCUGGGCUACCAUCAUCACUGUCAUCCUGCUGCUGGCAUACGGUAUGUGGUACUGCUCCGUGGUGCUGUCCCAGCUGAGACACACAGCUGGCUCUGAAGUUGCCAUUGUAGAAGUCGGCCUGCACACUGACCUGCACGUCUAUCUACAACUCACACAGACAUGGAUCAUAUUAUUGGUGUCUCUGGGACUGGCAGAAGCUUCCAUCCUGUUGAUGUUGAUUUUCUUGAGGAGGAGAGUGCGAGUGGCAAUCGCCCUGCUCAGAGAGGCCAGCAAAGCCAUCGGUUACAUCAUGUCCACGCUGUUCUUUCCAGUCGUCACCUUUCUCUUGGUGACUAUCUGCAUCUCCUACUGGGCCGUUACCGCCGUGUACCUGGCAUCGUCAGGUCAGGCUAUCUACAAGGUGAUGUCUCCUGAUGUCAGCUGUCCCUACGACAACAGCACCUGCAACCCUGAGACCUUCAACAGGAGCAACAUCUCCCAGUCAGCACUGUGCCAGGCUUCUCAGUGUCUGUUUGCCUUCUACGGCGGCGAGACGUCCUAUCACCGCCACCUCUUCCUGCUGCAGCUGUACAACCUGCUGAUCUUCCUCUGGCUGCUCAACUUCAGCUUGGCCCUGGAGCAGUGCACCCUGGCUGGGACCUUUGCUAGCUACUACUGGGCCAGGAGGAAGCCUCAGGAUAUCCCAGCAUGCCCACUCUUCUCAUCUUUCAGCAGGGCUAUCAGGUAUCACACAGGCUCGCUGGCCUUCGGAGCUCUCAUUCUCUCAGUCGCACAACUGGUCCGGAUCAUACUGGAAUACUUGGAGAACAAACUAAAAGGCAUUGACAACAGCCUGUCCAGGUUCAUCAUGCACUGUCUGAAAUGCUGUUUCUGGUGUUUGGAGAAGGUCAUACGCUACAUGAACCGUAAUGCUUAUAUCAUGGUGGCCAUCUAUGGGAAGAACUUCUGCAGCUCAGCCAGAGAAGCCUUCUUCCUGCUGAUGAGGAAUGUGGUCAGGGUUGCAGUUUUGGACCGAGUGACAGACUUCCUGUUGUUUCUGGGCAAAGUGCUGAUAGCAGGAGGAGUUGGUGUGGCUGCAUUCUUCUUCUUCACUAGGAAGAUCCCUGUUAUCCAGGAGGAGGAGCCCGACCUCAACUACUACUGGGUCCCCCUGCUGACGGUGGUGAUGGGUGCCUACCUGAUCGCUCAUGGUUUCUUCAGCGUCUAUGCCAUGUGUGUUGACACGCUCUUCCUCUGCUUCUGCGAUGACUUGGAGAGGCAUGAUGGGAGUUCAGAAAGACCUUUCCUCAUGUCCCCAGAGCUGCACAGAAUUUUGGGGAAAUCCAGCCAGUCGCGUUGAUAUGUGAUCCUCCUGUCCCGUCCCUGAGCAGCCAGUGUGCUGAGUGGACCAUGCUCUCUGUAACACUGCACAGGGCCGACAGGUCUGGCUGCUAGGCAACAUGUGGAGCAGCAGGAGCAGCAUUCCUCAUGAUUACCACUCAGCAACAGUGACAGGCACAUGUCAGACAUGUAUGGAACCAAUAGUAAAGUCAGAAUCAAAGACUUCUCAAAGUUCCCUUCCAGCGAGGCCGUUGCAGUGUUUAGCGCUGCAGUCGUCAGUCUGAAGUCAUGUUUAAGCCCUGAAAUGAGUCAGUGAGAAGAACCUUGUUUUGUAUUAAGAUUCAGUUCAUGUGUUUGAAAAAGCCUCCUUUGAACUUCUAAUUGUACCUUUUAAUGUGUUGUGUGUUUUUGGAUGAAUGUUCGAAAAAAUGUUUGGCAAAAACUUGAAAAUGUGUGAAAAUCACUUUGUACCAAAUGCUUCACCUCAAGUUUCAAAUCAUUUAUACAGCCUGUUCCUUUUAUAAGAUGGAUUGAUUUUGUAUUGGGUCUUUGUUUUUUUUAUUCAUAAAGCUGAUUCAAUUAAAAUACAAUAAAAAAAUAUUAAACAUGUCUUUUUCUUCAGCACCAAUGUCAAACUAAAAGGUAAACUAAAAUAAGUGAUGAUAAAAAUAAUUUGUAGUUCCAGAAUUUAGUGGUGAUGAUUUGUGAAUACGUUAUGUUGGAUUUUAUCUUGUAACAUGUAAAAAAAAAAAACAUCAUCAGGAGCACUUUGGUGUCAGGAAAUAAACUACGCAGCUUGAAAGAUAGGCGUCAGACUUGGCGGCUAAUGCCUGCCGCUGCUAGUAUUGAAGCAAUCCUUUUUUCUUCCAAAAUGUUUAGAAUGAUAUUUUCAGAUAUAAUUCAUUUCACAUUUCUGCAUUUUCAGCAAUGCUUAUGAUUCAUUUCAGCAUCCACACGCAAUUCCUGCAGGAAAUACAUUUUCUAGUUAUUCUUUGGCGUCAAACUACACACGACAAAAAUCUAAUGAAAAUCAAAUUGGGCGGCUCAUUGAGCAGAUGGGGGCUAUAAUUUUUUGAUAUAAAAGUUUUUAAAAUCAUAGGAGUAUAAUAGAAGUCUAUGAGCGGACUGAUUUCUCAGUUCAUACCUUAUUAAACUCUGAAAGCCUGUUGCUCUAACAUACAUGCAGCUGGAAUCCAUUCGCGCUUUACAACGCACACGAGACUUUGACUUUCUAUAUUGUAAUCUGUGUCGUGACAACUGUUACAGUUCCAAGCAAUUUAACUGAAAAGCAUUUUUAGUUGCUGUUUAGUAAUUCAUGUUACUAGCUGCUGGAGUGUGGAACGGGACUUUUCUAGACCAGAGAAACAUUUUCUAAACUUCUCUCAGCUGCACAGUUUGAACCCUACACCCACAAACCCUCAUCUCUCUCACCAUGUAAAUAUCUAACCAACAGCGGGCGCUACACUUCUUAAGAUCUAAUCCCAGAUAGAUAGAGCCCUGUCCAGCUCUCACUCACUGCCAUGUUAGUCUCGCUUUGCCAGAUCAUCCACACGCUGCGGAGAGGAGGAGGGUCUG